AUGGAGCCGAAGAAGAAAAAGAAGGUAAAGGAGGGAAGCGAGGCGGACUUGCCAAUGUGCCUGUGCCGUGGCCUCUACGCAUUCGCAGGAGAGAGGGAGGGCGACCUGUCCUUCAAUGCGGGUGAAGUUAUUCAAGUCAUUCAAAAGAAUCCGCGUUGGUGGGCCGGCGUCACGCAAGAUGGCCGAACUGGCGUCUUCCCCAGCAACUACGUCGAAGAGAUUGAAGACGAGGAAGAGGAGGGCCAGCAGACGACUCACAAGGAGAAGAAGAGCCGAAGCAGUUGGCUGAAGCGCCUGCCGGGUCGCUCGUCCCACUCGGUCUCGUCGUCAUCGUCCUCGGUCGAGAUCUCUGGGCCGCUCCCCUCGCCACACUCGGCGCCCGCCGGCAGCAGCACCAGCAGCACCAGCAGCACCACGCCCUCGCCGCGCCAGCCAUCGCCGCGUGGCCACAGCGGCAGCGGCGGCUCGGCCACGCUUCUGCCCAGCGGCGGCCGCGUGAGCAACCUGCCAUUCGGCGACGACGUGCGCCGGGAGCUCGAGGCCAAGACCACCGGCCAUCACCAUUCCGAUCAUUCCUCCUCCCCGACCGCCGCGCCGACCACCACCACCGCCAGUGGCGCGAGCGGAUCGCUGGACGAGAUCGAGGCGCGGCUGAACCGACUCAAGUUCGGCGGCAGCGAUGGCGGCGGUGGCGGCGGCGGCAGGCGGGACGGGUCCAAGUCGUACCGGGUGUCGCAGCUGUUGGCGUGGGAGGAGGUCAACGGGCACAUCGUGACGAGCACGGGCCGGUCGCAGUCGGACCCGUCGCCGCCGCCCACGCACAGGCCCAAGGCCAAGAAGUACUUUGAGGAGGUGGCCCAGCUCCAGAGGGUGCGCGACAACUACGUCCGGCACGCCCUGCCGCUCCUGGAAGCCAAGACCAAGGAGUUCGAGCAGAUGAGUGAAGACUAUCUCCAGAAGCUGAGGGUUUCCGCCGAAGAGAGCGGAGUGGCGUCCGACAUAGUACAGAAGCUCAUCGAUGCGGAGCGCGAUCGGGUGAAGCUCGUGUCGUGGUCGCUCUUCCACCCGGAGGCCCUCGACAUGCACCCGCUCGAGAGCGACAUCAGCGAGCGCACCCAAGUGCUCGAGACCGAACAAUGCAUCAUCACCGCGCAGUCGUUCGUGCGUCGGUGGCUGGUGCGACGGCGCCACCGCGACGACCUAAAACUCAGGCGACAAAGGAGGCGGUGCGCGAUGGAGAUCGUCAAGACCGAGCGGAGCUACGUGGCCAACCUCCGGAUCGUGGUUCAGGCGGGGCUCCUGGCGAACGACGACAAGGCCAAGCUGUUCUCCAACGUGGAGCUCAUUUUGGGGGUCAACGAGACCAUCCUCAAGCAGCUCGAGGAGCGCGCCAAGGACUGGUCCUUCGAGACCUGUCUCGGCGAUGUCUUCCUCGCCCUGUCGCCCUUCCUGCGGAUGUACACGACGUACAUCAACAACUACACCCAGGCCGUCGACACCUUUCAGCGCCUGCAGCAGCAGCCCAACUUUGCGCAGAUGGUCGAGAAAUGCAGGGACCAUCCCGAGGGCAUCAAGCUGUCGUUCCAGGACUACCAGAUCAUGCCCGUGCAGCGCAUACCCCGCUACGUACUUCUCGUUGAGGAGCUGCUCAAGUACACCCCCGAGGGGCACCCCGACCAGCCGCUGCUGGCCGACGCUCUGGCGCUGCUGCGGGAGGUGGCGAUCAAGAUCAACGAACACAGGCGGUGGACCGAAAACAUGCAAAAGCUGCUCGAGAUCCAACAGAGCAUCACCGGCUUCUCCGAGGCACGACACUACACGAUGCAGGAGUUGGUGCAGCCCUCGCGGAGGCUGGUCCACGAGGGGGAGGUGACGCGGGUCGUCCGGGGCGCGCAGGCGGCCUCCCCCAUGUGCUACCUCUUCCUCUUCAACGACAUCCUCGUCAUCACCGAACGAAGACGGUACAUGUUCGAGGAGAAGUACUACUACACGUUCAAGGAGCAGAUCUCGCUCAACAACAUGAACAGCGGCAAGCUCGAAGGCAGCGCCACGGGUUUCGUGCUGCGAACCAAGUACGGCGUUGUGGAGUCGUUCCUUGCCGCAAGCCCGCAGCAGCGCGACGACUGGCUCUCCACGGGUGGCGGCCCGGCCCCCGGCGCAGCUGCAGACGGCGGGACCGACAGCGAGACGCCCCGCAAGAACGACGGCCAACACGCCCUCAUCGCCGCCCUGUCGUCUCUCUCCGUGCCCACCACCGCUGGAAGACAACAGCCGCCGAUACCGGGCGCCGCUACGCCGACGACGCCCACUUCGCCGUCGAGCCAAAGCGCACCACCGCCGCUGGCUUCCGCGUCGCCGCUGGGCGAAGUUGUGAAUGUCCUCAGCGAAGCCCUCGCCCUCGAGCGCGACAUCUUCCAGCGACCCAUCGAGAUCCAGACCAUCAUGCCGGACUACUGCAGGUCGAUCCACCCGCAGCAGCUGCAGAUGCUGGGCGAUCGGCUGCGCCUCCUGCAUGCGAAGCUGAACGAGAUCCACUUCGCGCAGCAGAAGGUGAAGGCCCUCCUGCUCAAGGCCGAACCCAUCAAAGGCGUCCACAACCUCGACUCCCUCAUCAAGGACGGCCGCACGCCCAUCGGCGAUCUCAAGGCGUGGGUCCAGCAGUCGUUCCCGCCGACCAAUCCGGGCUAUGCGGGGUACCCCCCGCAGCCGGGGCUCCAGCCAGCGCGGACCCUCAUGACGGGCCUCCUCAAGUGGUACCUCUCCCUGUCCGACUCCUGGCAGGCCCUCCUCGCCCAGCCCGGCCCGACCUAG